GGUUUCAUCAACAGCGGCCAUUUUGCCUGUUUGAGAUUGUGCAGAAUUUCGGACGAAUUUCGUUGAUUGUAGCGUCGUGUGUAAAUUGAAGAAGUACUUCAUUAGCAAAAUCGGUGUUAGAUUAUGGCAUUGUGUCUUAAUAACAGUAGUGGUUGCUUAAAACGAGUGUAAAAGUGAGAUCGCAGGGUGAAUAAGUUUAAGAUCGUAGUGCGGUUUGGACGAAAGAUGGUGAGAGGCAGUCGCGAAAUAUAGUCGACCAGUCGGAUUAGUCGAAGUUCAUAAUGGCCGAUGGUUGACAUUCGUUCGAUAAAUAUGUGCCUUGUAAGAUGCAUCGGGGAUCGAACACACGCUACAUCGUCUAUUUGGUUCAGUUUAUUUCAUAUUUUCGCUCAUAAAUGAUGUUUUUAUUGAAAUUUCGAUAAAUAAAGACUAACCGUGUUGUUGGUUGGGAAAGCCGUAGCAUUGGGCCAGUGCUCGGCUUUGGCUUGGUAAACACCGAAGUGCACUGAUUUUGCCAUGGCCGAUCACCUCGUAGACGGCCCCCCGAUUGCCAAACGGCAGAAGUUGGACCAAUUUCAGGGACCGUCGGAUUCUUCCGCUUUCAACUAUGGUUUGCUACCCACGCAGAUGCCAGUUGGUAGUGGUGGUGGUGUUUUAACUCCAGGAUCCCAUUGGAAUUAUGGCCAACAAAAUGUUCUCUCAAAUAUGGACAUGCUUGAUCUGGAAAAUGAUCUUCCGGACGAGCUCAUGUCUUCAUCUCCUUGGGGACUUUCCGAUAACAUGGGCAAUACUAAGCCCCCUGCUCAAGGUCCAGGUCCAGGAAGUUUGCAGAACGGCAUCGAAAACUCUGACAGUAACAACCUGAGACAGCAAAUGCAACUUAGUCACCUGUUGCAGCAGAGUAAUAAAGGUUUAGCAGGCAAUGCAUUAGUGUUGACUAGUGGUCCUUUAGGUAGUAAGAGUCCUAAUCUUCAGUCUCCUCCUAAUGUAUCUGUUGCAAAAACUGGCGUAGUAGAAAUGAAUUUGGGGAGUUUACCUUCAAGUCUGUCUAACAAUACAGGGCUUCAGUCCAUGGCCAAUAAUUGCAGUUCUGCUCAAGUUAUGAGUUCCAUUCAAGGCUCCAUUCAGGGUAUCAGCAACAGUGGAGGAAAUAUGAUUAUGACCAGUAGCAACAUAAAUUCAAUGGGAAACAUGGCAGGAGGGGGGCUAAUAGUGAGCAGUAGUAUAAACAAACCUUUGUCAAAUACACCUAACAUGUUUUCACCUGGUCAUCCUCAACAUCCCGGCAAUCAUAACGUCCAGGGGUUACCAAAUGGACCAAUGUUGAACAGAGUAGGCAUGCACAUGAACCAGCACGCUCCUGGUUCCCUUCACAUAGGACCUCGGUUAUGCGGAACAAAGUGUAAUACACCAAAUAUGCCCGGAAAUCCUCCAUAUGCAACUUAUCCCAACUCCGGUGCCCAAGGAGUGCCUGUAGGUGUAGUCACUCCCCAGCAAAAACUGAAUAUGCAGAACCAGGGUCCAAGGUUUGGAGGGCCACAAACUACUUCUGUUGUAGGACCAGGUUGUGGUGGCGAUGGUGGUAUUGUGCAGACACAACCUCCAGCUCCUUCACCAGCACAACCACAGUCGGGUGCUCCCAGCGGAACUCAGUCAACACCUCAGCAAGCAACGCAGAAUCCGGGGAGUCAACCUGGUGCAGCCCCACCACCAUCUACUGCAGACCCUGAAAAGAGAAAGCUUAUACAGCAGCAACUAGUUCUUCUGCUGCAUGCUCACAAGUGUCAAAGAAGAGAAUCACAGGCCAAUGGUGAGGUGUGGUCUUGUACUCUGCCGCAUUGUAAGACGAUGAAAAAUGUUUUGAAUCACAUGACAACAUGCAAUGCUGGAAAAGGUUGUUCUGUGGCACAUUGUAGCUCGUCCCGUCAGAUAAUAAGCCAUUGGAAGAACUGUAUAAGAACGGAUUGUCCUGUUUGUCUUCCUCUCAAACAGGCAGAUAAGAAUCGCAAUAAUCCUAAUGCGGCUACAAACCCUCCUCAAAACAACCAAUCUCCUAACCCGUCAGCAACUGAUAUGCGAAGAGCGUAUGAUGCUCUUGGAAUCCAAUGCCCAACAACAGGUGCAGGUCCACCUCCUGCUGGUCUGAUUCCAAACCCUGUUCCGUCAAGGCCAGCUUUAAGGUUACCUCUGAAUCCUGGACAAAAUAUACCUAGUUUAGGUAAUAUGAGAUGUUUAGCUCCACCCGGCCCAGCUGCUCCCAAUGUAUCUCUACCUUUGAAUAAUGAUCCCUCUUCCAACUCGGCUCAAAUUCAAGGUGUUGAUCAGACUGCUGCCAGCUUACGACAAAGCGUAAAUAGUGUGAUGUUUGGUCUUGCUAGUGGUGCAGAGGCAGUCAAUCAAGGUUUGGUAGGCCAGUUGCCAGGAGGUUUGCAACCGGGUCAAGUGACUGCAUCUCCUGUAGCUGGAACUAAGGAGUGGCAUCAGUCUGUUACUCCAGAUCUCAGAAACCAUUUGGUGCAUAAGUUGGUGCAGGCUAUAUUUCCUACGCCCGAUCCCCAGGCUCUGCUCGAUAAAAGAAUGCACAAUUUGGUUGCCUAUGCAAGGAAGGUAGAAGGAGAUAUGUACGAAAUGGCCAAUUCGAGGUCUGAGUACUACCACCUACUGGCAGAAAAAAUCUACAAGAUUCAGAAAGAGUUGGAAGAAAAAAGACAGAAGAGAAAAGAACUGCAAUUACAACAGCAGCAUACACAGCCUAUCAGACCAAAUCUUCAAGGAAUGGGACCGAGACCUCCAGUACCAGGUAAUAUUCUUCCGGGGCAACAGCAGUCCCCUGCCCAGACCCAACCAGGUUUGAGAAGCAGUUCCCCAUCUCUCGGCGGUCCUCCUCUAGGAGGUCUUGGUGUUAUCAAUCAACCUGGAAACCGAUUACUAUUCUCUACUCAACAGCCCACUCAACAAACCGCACAGCAGCCUCAGCAAAAUGUUGGUUUACCAGGGCCCAGCCCGAGUCCAUCGAAUCCUGGUCUGUCGCCAUUUGGAAACCCUCUUUCUCAAGGUAGUACCACCACUUCUUCCAGCAACCAGUUUCCUACAACAAGCAAUGGACCUGUCAGCCUUCCUCAAGUGUCGCCUAGUGGACAGAACUCUCAAGCAAAUCAUUAUGGAGAUAUGUUGAAGUCCAGUCGGAUAUCUCCUUCACCAUCGAGUUUUGUUCAACAAUCGCAAAACUUGCAACCGGUUUCUGCUCAGAAUGGCAAUAGAAUACCUACCACCAGUUCAGAUUCGGUACUCACUCCACAUGCUACAACUGCAGGUCCCAGGUCAGUCAGUUCUUCCAGGGGGGCUUCUCCAGCACCAGCAACUCCGAUUCAGGCCUCACCGUCAUCAGUUGCCGCCAGUAUGGGAAAGGGCAUGAGUAGUGCAGAGCGUGCUGCCUUAAAUGCUCCAAGGCAGUCAUCUCUGUCAUCCCAAAUGGCAGCGAUAACUGCAGCAGCUGAUAGAGAUGAAGAAUCCCCAUCACCUCCUCGGGGAGGUAGUAAAGGAAAGUUGGAGCAAGUCAAAAUGGAAGUUGGGGCAGAAGAGGGAGAGAUGAAUGAAUCACAGAUGGAGAGUGUGGGCGGCAAAGGAACGAGAAGUGAGAUUAAAAUGGAGAUUAAGCAGGAGAUUGCAUCAGAAUCGAUCGGGGAACAUGGCAAUAUGAUAAAGGAAGAACCUGGCUUGGUGAAAGAAGAACCGGGCAUCUCUGAAAUCUCUGCAGAUGUGAAACCCUCCGUUGAUUCAACCAGUGUUGUAGCAACAAGCGAAAGGAAGAACAAGAAAUUCAAACCGGAUGAACUCAGACAGAAGCUGAUGCCAACCUUGGAGAAACUAUUCAGACAAGACCCAGAAAGUAUUCCAUUCAGGCAACCUGUAGAUCCGCAGACUUUAGGUAUCCCAGACUAUUUUGAAAUUGUUAAAAGGCCUAUGGAUUUGUCAACAAUCAAAAGAAAACUCGAUAUUGGACAGUAUGCAGACCCCUGGGAGUAUGUGGACGACGUGUGGCUAAUGUUCGAUAAUGCAUGGUUGUACAAUAGAAAAACAAGUCGAGUAUAUAGGUAUUGCACAAAGCUGUCUGAGGUUUUCGAACAAGAAAUCGAUCCUGUUAUGCAGUCUAUGGGUUAUUGUUGUGGUAGGAAGUAUACUUUCAAUCCUCAGGUGCUGUGCUGCUACGGUAAACAACUAUGCACAAUUCCCAGAGAUGCCAAGUAUUACAGUUAUCAGAAUAGUAUGAAAGCAUAUGGAUUAGGAUCUGAUAGGUACACUUUCUGUCAGAAAUGUUUUAAUGACAUCCAAGGAGAUACAGUAACGCUAGGAGAGGAUCCUACACAAGCCCAAACAAAUAUAAAGAAGGAUCAGUUCAAGGAAAUGAAAAACGAUCAUCUGGAGAUGGAAACGUUUGUGCAUUGCAAUGACUGUGGGCGAAAACUCCACCAAAUAUGUGUUCUUCAUAUUGAAGCCAUUUGGCCCCUAGGUUUUAUUUGUGAUGAGUGCCUCGAAAUCAAAGGACUGAAACGUCGGGAGAACAAAUUCAACGCGAAACGGUUGCAGGUUACGAACUUAGGCAUUUACAUUGAAAACAGGGUGAAUCUUUUCCUCAGGAAGAAAGAAGCUGGAGCGGGUGAUGUAUCGAUUCGUGUUGUAUCAAGUUCGGAAAAAGUUGUUGAGGUUAAACCGGGGAUGCGUUCCAAGUUUGUUGAAACCGGUGAACUUACAGGAGAGUUUCCAUAUCGGGCGAAGGCCCUUUUUGCCUUUGAGGAAAUCGACGGUGUGGACGUUUGUUUUUUUGGGAUGCACGUUCAGGAAUACGGUUCGGAGUGUCCUAUGCCAAACACGCGGCGAGUGUAUAUAGCGUACUUAGAUUCUGUUCACUUUUUCAAACCCAGACAAUUUAGGACUGCUGUGUAUCAUGAGAUUUUAUUAGGUUAUAUGGACUAUGUGAAACAGUUAGGUUAUACUAUGGCUCAUAUAUGGGCUUGUCCCCCUUCGGAAGGUGAUGAUUAUAUCUUUCAUUGCCAUCCGCUGGACCAAAAAAUACCAAAACCCAAGAGACUGCAAGACUGGUAUAAAAAGAUGUUAGACAAAGGAAUAAUUGAAAGGAUAGUUUUAGAUUAUAAGGAUAUUCUGAAACAAGCAAUGGAAGAUAAUCUUAGAUCGGCUGCCGAUCUCCCAUAUUUUGAGGGAGAUUUUUGGCCAAACGUUUUGGAAGAAAGUAUAAAAGAGCUUGACCAAGAGGAAGAGGAAAAAAGAAAGCAAGCGGAAGCAGCUGAGGCAGCG